AUGCUUAUCUUCCCAAAGGCAAAUAGACGGAACGCCAACAACUCGCAAGUUGGCAGCAGAAUGGGGCUGUGGUGGAGUCCCUCCUACUCUUUCAAUAUUCCUCCCUCAAAGACUCCCCGACGGCUCCCUGCUAAUAUCCCACUUCGAACCUUAUCUACCCAAGCAUCGAAUUCCGAUUCAGCUGCUCUGCUGGGCUCCAACGAAAAGCAGGGCCGCCGGUCAUCUCUAUCCAGGUCCUCCUCACCUGGCUCUGAAUUCUCCUGGGACGACGGCGAUCUUGGUCUACAGAUAGACGCCGAGGACCCAUUACACAGCAAGUUACGAGCCUCGUUAGAAGAACAGGUGUUUGGUGGUUCUUCGAGACGGACCCCCCGGCAGAAGCAGGUUCGCUAUCAAGAAGACCCUGAGGACGAUACCGAGGAAGAAAAACACAAUCGUGGAGUCGUUAAAGAGGAUAUUCGAAUUCCAGAACCGGCUCCACGCUAUAUCUCACGAGUAGAGCAUAUCCUAGCCGCCAUCAUGUCUGGAGGGGAAAGGCAGAUGCAUGGCCUGACCGGCAAGCCCUUGGUAUACUUUACCAGUGUAUUUGUAUCCUUAGGUGUGUUUCUCUUUGGAUACGAUCAAGGUGUGAUGUCGGGCAUCAUCACGGGCCCAUUCUUCAAAGAUUACUUCAAUCAGCCCACACGAGCCGAAGUGGGGACUAUGGUAGCGAUUCUCGAAAUUGGAGCUUUCUGUUCUUCACUGGUGGUAGGACGAGUAGGUGAUAUUAUCGGCCGACGGAGAACUAUAUUCUAUGGCUCUUGCAUAUUCUUUACCGGCGGUGCUUUACAGAGUUUCGCGAAUGGCAUGCCAAUGAUGCUAUUGGGUAGAAUCAUUGCAGGUGUUGGUGUUGGCAUGCUUUCAACAAUUGUCCCUGUCUAUCAGUCCGAAAUUUCACCUCCACACAACCGCGGCAAGUUGGCGUGUAUCGAGUUCACGGGCAAUAUCACAGGAUAUGCUACUUCUGUCUGGGUGGAUUACUUUUGCAGCUACAUCAACAGCAACUAUUCGUGGAGAAUUCCUUUGUUGAUGCAAUGUGUUAUGGGAGCUCUGCUAGGGUUCGGAAGUUUGGUCAUUGUCGAAUCACCAAGAUGGCUCUUGGACAAUGACCAUGAUGAAGAAGGUAUUGUUGUGAUAGCCAAUCUUUACGGAGGUGGUGACAUUCACAAUGCCAAAGCCCGUGACGAAUACCGCGAAAUUAAAAUGGAUGUCUUACUGCAAAGACAAGAAGGUGAAAAGUCUUACCGAGAUAUGUUCCGACGAUACCGUACUCGAGUCUUUAUCGCCAUGUCCGCUCAAGCUUUUGCUCAGCUCAAUGGUAUCAACGUCAUUUCUUACUAUGCGCCUUAUGUCUUCGAAUCUGCCGGCUGGGUUGGACGAUCAGCAAUUCUGAUGACCGGUAUAAACGCUAUAACGUAUCUUAUGUCCUCAGUACCACCAUGGUAUCUUGUUGACAGGUGGGGUCGUCGCUUCAUUCUGCUUAGCGGUGCUGUUGCUAUGGUCAUUUCUCUGUCACUAAUCUCGUACUUCUUAUAUCUCGAUGUUAAAAUCACGCCUACACUGGUUGUCAUAUUCGUCAUGAUAUACAACGCCGCAUUUGGAUACAGUUGGGGACCUAUUCCUUGGCUCUACCCACCUGAGAUUCUACCUCUGAGCAUUCGUUCAAAGGGUGCCAGUCUGUCAACGGCAACUAAUUGGGCUUUCAACUGGCUCGUUGGAGAGAUGACACCUGUGUUACAAGAGUGGAUUACAUGGCGUCUUUACCUCGUGCACGCAUUUUUCUGUGCUACGAGUUUCAUAGUUGUAUAUUUCAUAUAUCCCGAGACGGCUGGUGUAAGAUUAGAGGAUAUGGACACGCUUUUUGGUGAUGCUACGACAGCUAUGCCAACACCAGCAACUCGAGCUGAGACUGGCUCCCUAAUGGGAGGGUCACCAGUUCCAUCAAUGGAUCUUCGACGAGGAAUCGUAGGACAGAUGAAUGGCGGCCUCGGACCCUCAAACGCCAUUCCAGGACUGGACAUCGAUCCACCACAUGUGAACAUCAAGAACGGAAAACCACAAUAUGGAGACGAGGAUUCGACGAGCGAGGGAGUCGGUGGUUGGAUUUCUCGCAUGGUUAACAAAAACAAAGGAGAGGAGGGAAGCAUUAAGAGCGGAAAAUACAAGCCUCUAGACCAGGACGAAGAUGAGGAUGGCAAUGUAUAAUACACAAGCAUUGCUGGCUUGACUCGCAAGCCAUGAAUAGAUCUGGGCAUAUCGAUAGAAAGCGGGCGUACAGGUGCUCUCUUCAAACUUGACUGAUGAAUUAGUCCUGUCAAGCUGAGCUUGGAUAUUGGUAGAUUGAAUGUACAUCUUUAAGGGUCCAAUGCUCUGAACAUCGGAUGAACAAUUUGAGGGUGUGAAUGUCCGUCUUGAUCAGAGCGUCUAUGGGUAUGAUGAUCUCUGUUCUAGCCAGAUUGUACCUAAUAUCGAGGCAACGCAGAGAUAGCAUAAAUUUAACAAUUGUAGCAAAGGUCAAC